ACUGCGUUCAUAUCGGGAGUACAGCCCAAAUCCACUUCGAUAGUUCCACUUUCAUAGUUCACUUUUUCACUCUUCCCGCUGUUUCUAUUUAGCGAAACCCUUUUUCCGAUAAACCCCUUUUCUUCCAAAGUUUGAAUCUUUUCAGCUUCUUAUGGAAAAUCAGCCCAAAACCGAACCUGGGUUAGGUUCAACUGACCAAACAAACAUGGAAGCCAUGAGCAUUCAGGAACUUGUUUCAGUGUUGCGCACAGCUUUUCUGACAGAAGACUUUGAUAAAGUUGAAGAUGUUUUAGUCAGUAGAUAUAACAAACUUCAAACAGAGAUUUUACAUCUUCAAGAGAAGUUUGAAUUGGAGAAACUGAUGAGGUUUCAAGCUGAGGAAGAUUUGAUGAAAAGAGAGGAACUUUGUGAAAAAGGGAAAAAAGCACAGAAUAAUUAUGAAACAUUGUUGAAGGAAGUUAAGAAAACUAGUUUAGUUGACAGAAACAUCAUUGGAGAGCUAAGAAAUAAGAAUGAUGAAUUGGAGUUGGAAGUUUGUGAGCUGAGAAAGUUGAAGAAAAGAUGGAUGGAUGAUACCAAUGCUCUUUCUGAACUAAUUCACAAAAGAAGCAAGGAUGCUCAAGGUGCAUCAUCGUCAUCAGGUAUGAUUUCAUUGGUCCAAUUGGAAGUUUGUGAGCUGAAAAAGUUGAAGAAAAAAUGGGUGGAUGAAUAUAGCAAUGGUCUUUCUGAACCGGUGAACAAAAGAAGCAAGGAUGCUCAAGGUGCAUCAUCGUCAUCAGUGACGACACAAACUAGAGAAGCUACGAUUGAUGCUGCCCAUUUUGGACAUGGGUAUUCUACUACCAAUUUAAGUAGGGAGAGUGCAGCAAGACAUGCACCUAUAGUAGAGAAUGACAGCAUUCAUGUCUUAGAGGAAGUCAUUGCGACAGACAGUGUUGUUGUCCCUCCAUCAGACGUGCAGGAACAAAUGGUUACACAAAACAAAGCAAAGAGAAAAAGGCUUGCCACGAACGCCUCUUCUAACUCCUUUGACAACUUCCACUUCAUAUCAUUGGUCCAUCAAGAGCGCUAUUCUGAGUUACAGUUUAAGUCCAAAAACAGCUUUGUGUUUGAAAAAAAUUUCCGGUUAGAAGGCGACCAAUUCUCGGAUAUUCAAGCAAUGAUAGUGGCCAGAGGAUGGGUGGAAUUGGUAUCAUUUGCAAAAGAGUCUAGUACGACAUUAGCUAAAGAGUUCUUUGCAAAUGCCUAUCAGGGUCCUGCUAAAGAAGAUGGGAAUGAUAAGAAUGAUCAGAAGCAAUUCACUAGUUUUGUCAGAGGGAAGAGGGUUCCAUUUGAUGAUAAAGUUAUCAAUCAAUUGUUUGGGCUUGAGAACUACGAGCAGUGUUCCUUUGAAGCAAGAAAGGGUAAGGGCUCUAACAUUGAUCAUCAGGAGAUUCAUAGUACUUUGUGUAGACCCGAGACCGAUUGGAUUAGGAACAAAGACGGAACACCAGCAAAACUCCGGACUGGUUAUCUCACACCCAAUGCUAAAGCAUGGGCAGCAUUUGUUUUGCAUACCUUGCUCCCAUGUUCAGAUGUGUGUUACUUGACCGUUCAAAAAGCAACCUUGGUGACUGCAAUCCUUAAGGGUGAACCGGUCAAUGUUGGCCGUCUCCUGGCAGAUGACCUUUGGAGCACAGCUAAUUCUGGUCACACAAGCUACCUCAACCACGCCUCACUGAUCAGCAAGCUUUGUGAAAGGGUGAAGGUGUACCCUGAAAUGAAUGAGGAAAUGGUGAUGCCAUCUUUGUCAAUCAACGCGAAAUGGAUAGAAAAGAAAUUCACUGUAUCUAAGAAAAUACCUGUGCAUCCGCACAAGUUGCUCAAUGUUGGUUACAAUAUUUAAGGUAUACAUAGUAUGUUAAUCUUUCAGGUUUUGUUAUAAAAAAUAUAAUGAAGUGAAAUUAUUUGGAAAUUGAUUGGUCAUACAAAUGAACCGUAUUAAUACUGAACAUGAAAUUGUACUGACGACAGAUUCAAAAAAUGAUCUAAUUUCAUUGCAUAUAGUAAACAUGGUUCUACAAUACUUU